CGAACUGUAAAAGAAUGGAGUAAGCGAGUUUGGUUGUAGAUUUUUACGAAGAUUUCUGUUCCUUUUUACUUGAUUUAAACAUCAUGGCCGAUGAAAGCGAGCUAUCAAACGCAAGCGAGUUUAUAAAAGGUACACCUCGGUUGUUUUUAUCCGCUGCCAAUAUGGUUUACCGCCAAGGAAUUGUCAGUCUUAUCCAAGAUGUCCCCUUCUUAAUUUCUUACUAGAUCGAUUGUACUUCAUCACUCUGCGAAACAAGCCCAGACAUACUGAAUCUGUUCAUUACUUCUGUGUAGAUGAUGAAUUGGUGUAUGAGAAGUAAGUAUGUUCUAAUUUGGAAGCUUAUUUGCCGUCAGCCUGCGUUCUAAUUAGUCAAUUUGUAAACUUGUCGUUCUGCAGUUUUUACGCCGACUUCGGACCCUUGAAUCUUGCUAUGCUGUAUCGCUACUGUUGUAGGCUUUACAAGAAGCUUAAGGUAAGCAAUCUGCUGUUUUAACUAAUUUUUGUGGACGAAAACAUGAAUAUUAUAUUUCAAAUUGUUUUAUAGACAAACUCAUGCAGUUCGCUCGCAGUCAUUCUUGAUUUCUAGCGGACUUCCAGUGUCCAUGAAAAAUGAAGUAAAGACUUAACUCACAUCCGUAUUAUUUUACGCUCGUAGUAUUUAUUAGAGACUUCAACGUCCGUUGUUUAGAUGCAACUCCUUGUUUUUUCAAGUCGGUGAUAUUGAUACUUUAGUUGGUAUUUCGUUUAUGGAGACUAUCUAAGCGCUAUCUAUAUGAUCAAAACAUCGUUGACGAUGUUUUUUCCUUGUACGGGUCCCCGCGUUUGUUUGCUAAACGCUAAGCUUAACCUAUUUGUAUUUCAGCCGGUCGUAAUGACUCGAAAUUACUCCCUCCUCCUUCUCUGUACUUAAAUAUAAAGUUUGGAUAAUCAGAAAACCAGAGUUUGGGCACAUCAGCUCUGAAAAGUUGUGGUUACUUGUUACAAACGUUCCCGUACGAUAAUUUAAGUCUGUGGUUUGGAAUUUUGCCUCGUGUUCACGGUCUAAUGCUAAAACAGACAAACAGAAUUCGAUAUUGAGAUACGUUUGCACUCAAAAAUUCUUUCUCUUUAUCUUCUCUAUUGACACUCUCGAAACUCUUCUCAUGCAAUAUGUCGAAGAAAUAAACUGUGAAUCCAAUUAGAAACCUAGAUCGUAAGUUAUUACCUUGGGUAAAGUAAGUCGAAGUGCUCUAGUGUGACGCAAUUAAGAUUGGCUAUGGAAAAUUUACGUAGCAUAGCUUACUCAUGUCUCAGUUCUCUGCUCGUCUGUUGGGGCAUCAGAAAUUAUAUAUAUUAGCAUCAUAUUUGAAAGAAUAGGCUAUCAGUGUUAUCUUUUGAUACUCCGGUUGAAAUCUGAUUUUUACUAUUGAUGAAUUAACAAUGAUUAUAGAGACUGAAACAUCUAUAAUUUUGUUCACAUGUAAAACGUGUAUUCAUGAUUGAUAUGAACUAAAUGAACUACAUGAAUUCCUAUAGUCUGUAUGAAUAUCUUCUUUCCUGCCCUUAAUGUGUGCCUAUCUAAAUUGAUCUGAAAACUUAUUUUGAAAACUCAUUUUUCCAAUUAUUCAAAAUUAGAUAUCAUUGGUUAUAAAUAUUCCUUUUAACAGUGGUUUGAAAAAUCAUCUUGCCUUGUUGAAAUAGAGCAGCUGUUUUUGUCUUUUGUUGUUUACUAGUCUCUGUUAAAAAUAUUCCUUUUUUUUGGCUUGUAUCAAAAUAUUGUCAAUUUAUAAGUCAGUGGAUAUAGUAAUUGAAAAUUAACAGUUGUGUUAUAUUGAACUUUUUAUUGUAAGAGGAGGUAUUUUCAUCAUCAUCACAUGGUGUUAUCAAUUUCAGACCAACCUUUGUUAUAUUGUUGUGGUUUUUCUUUGGAUUAUGAGAUAAAAGCUGAACUCUAUGAUACUAUUGCUGGUCAUUUUCUGAUUAACUUUGAUUGGAAUAGAACAAUCGUGUGCUUAGAUAUGUUAAGCUAGACAUCUAAGAUUUGGGCUUAAACAGGACUACAACUUUCGAGAUUUGCAAAACUUAAGUGUGACUUUGUGGGCUUAGAAGACAUUUCCUCAACUUAUAAAUUUCUUCUGCUGUUAUAUUGUAGUUUUAGUUGAAAAUGAGGUAACUCAAAUGAUUGAAUCUAUAUUUUUGUUUGAAUUUUUAGUCUUUCUCUUUGGCAAAGAAAAAGAUCGUUCACUAUACCUCAUUUGAUAGCAGGAAGAGGGCAAAUGCUGCAUAUUUAAUUGCAUCAUAUUCAGUAAGUAUUAUCACAGUUAAUAUUCAUUUCACAACUUGUUGUUCUUUUGUUUUCAGUGUAGGACAUAGGUUUGCUACUUUAGAGAACAUCAGUUUGGGUUUUUUCCUUUACAAGAAUAGCAUCUUGUAUUCUGCCAGGAUCAGCAAUGUUGAAACUUUAAAGUCAGUUAUUUGAUUAAUAAUGGUAAUGGGACUGAGCGGAGUCCAAUUUGGUCUGUGACCAUAGGAGUGAUUGACAAAAUUGGAUGAACGCAAAGCAGGAGUCUGAAUCAUUAAUCACAACUAUGAUUACAGACCGAAUUGGAUGACACAAAGACCAUUUACUAAUUAAUCAAAACCAUGACAAAAUUUGAAAAAGACACUAACUAGGUAACUCAACAAAAUGUGUGAUGACGUGGUGCACAAAUGAUGUGUACGGCCCACUUACACUAGUGUGAUGUGUCAAAAACUUUAACUCAAUUUGUUUUGCCACUUGGAUCUUCAAUUAUUUACUGUAAUAACUGGUGCAUCUUGCUUUUUCAUAGAUAAUCUACCUGAAGAGAAGUCCAGAAGAGUCUUAUAGACCACUGAUAAAAAAUGGCUGCAACCCACCAUUUCUUCCAUUUAGGUGUGUAUUAUGUAAGGGUGAUAUGCAUGAACUCAUGAGGUACAUCAGUUUGUGUUUCAUCUAGUAAGUGUCUUGUAUUUGGACAAUUACAAUAGGAUUUUUUUCACCUUGUUUUUAUUAGGUUUUAGAAGUCCACUUUUAUUCAUCUUCCCCUUAAACACAAGAAUUUAUUUUUAUUGUCAUUGUUGUAGACUUCAGCUUUGAGGAAAUGAUUAGUGGUUGAAGAACUUGCUCAAAGAACUUGCUAGUGGAAUACUUUUAGAAUGCAAAGAAGAGUAAAAUGUACUCACUAUCUACAGUGUGGUGUCUUUAAUUUUGUAAUGAAAAAUAAAUGGACUAAAACAGUGUUUCUUUUCCUUUACAGAGAUGCAUCCUUUGGAACAUGUUCAUACAACCUUUCUCUAAUGGAUGUUUUAAAUGGCCUUUACAAGGUACAAGAGCAAUUUAACUUGCCUUUGAUAUUGGUAUUGGCAAUGAGAGUGUAAUGUGAAAACCAGUGAUAAUACCUGCUAGUUAUUUGCAUUUUUUUUUUUUUGGUCAAAAUCUUUAAUAUCACGAACAUGUUUCAGUACAUGGCUUGAAUCAAACAAUAUGACAAGCCAGGUGACCUUGUGUAGAGUAAUUGUUUAUUGUUUUUAUUAAUGCAGGGAUUACAAAAUGGGUUUUUUAACUUUGAAACUUUUGAUGUAGAAGAGUAUGAACAUUAUGAGGUGAGAUGUUUGAAUUUGACAAUUUUAGUUAAAAUUUUUUGAUCAAUUUUUACCUCUUAGCUAUAAGUCGAUUUUAUUAUAGUUUUCUGUUAUUAUAAUUGUAGUUUUUUUAAUAUAUCACGUCUUUCUGUUUUUAUCAGUCUUACUAGUAUUUAUAUUUUUUUGGCACAUGUAAAAAUUGUAACAGAGAUUUGCAUGUUUCAAAUAUUUUAUUGUUAUAAUGUAAUUUUUAUCUACAUGGUUAUUCUUAACAUUGUUAUUUUUGUUAUCAUUGAUUAUAACAUGCUAAUGUUAUCUCUGCGAUACAUUUUCUUUCUUGCAGAGAAUUGAAAAUGGGGAUUUCAACUGGCUGUUACCAGGUUAGAAAAAUUGAUAACUUGGCAGUUGAUUAAAUGAGAUGGCUGCAAAAAUUAGUGUCAAUGAAUAACAACUUGAAGAAAUAUUCUUCAUUUGUGAAAAAUUUUACCAUUUACAAGUUUACUAUGUUUAAUUUGCAGAGUGACCUGUUAACAAAGAUUCCUAACUCAGUUUGUGUGGUAAACUAUUUUUCAGAUAAAUUUUUGGCAUUCAGUGGACCUCACAAUAAAAGUAGAAUUGAGAAUGGUAAGCAUUUUUGGCUGACUUUAGAUUAAAAUACCAGGGCUGGAUUAUCUCUGAUCAUAAAAACUAUCACAAAAUUCUUGAGUGUAAUUGGUUAUAAGUCGUCAAAUUUGAGCACAAUGCAUAUAUAGGUAACAUAUUUGUAGCAGUACAGAACAAUAGGACAGUUUACACUUCAUGCCUCUGUAAUUGUACAGCAUUCAGCAUUGGCGCUGACUGUUGAAUAAACCACUGGGUCAAUAUUCUUAUGGAGAAAGUCAUUUGUUAUGUUUUGAUUGGCAAUAAGAUUUUGUGGUGGUAAACCUGUCUGUAGUCAUGCUUGUGAUUAACCAAUCUGACUCCUGCUUCAUGGUGGUCCAAUCCUCUCAACUGUUUUACUGCCAAGAAUCUGAUUGUUAAUUCUCCCCACUAGCUGCUACACAUUUCCUUGUAAAUUAGUAGCAACAGUUUGGUGUUAGAUCAAGAUCAACUUCUACCUGUUAAUUUUGAGUAUUCUCAAUACCUCUGUAUUUGAUAAUGUAUGGAAUUUGUAGAGAGAAAUUACAUGUUAAUCACCUCUGGGGGUUAAAGGAUUAAUCACUUGUGUAAUUAUUUGAGGAGUUGAGUUCUUCUUAUUAUUAUUCACAGUAAUUUGAUUAUAUUGAGGCAGUGUAGCUUACAAUAGAUAUUUUACAUUCUUACAGGUUAUCCUCUGCAUGCCCCAGAAGCCUACAUCCCUUACUUCAAAAAGCACAAUAUUACAGCAGUUGUAAGACUCAAUAAGAAAUUCUAUGAUGCAAAGAGGUUUACAGAUCAUGGUAUUGAACAUUUUGACCUGUUCUUUGUGGACGGCAGUGUGCCAAGUGAUAUGAUUGUUAGGUUGGUUAUUUUGUUGUUUUUGUUGCUUUUUUAUUAUUAUUAACAUCUACAUGUAUGCAGGAUGCUUUUUGCUUCAUAAAACAGAAAGGGGAGAAAUUUGUGUUGAUUGUGCUAAUAUGAGUGAGAAUGUAGGCAGACAGAGGAUAUGCUUGAGGAGCUUAUGACAGGAAAAGAAGGAGUCCUGAAAAAAUGCAGAUUUUCUCUCACCUUCCCUCCGAUUAAUUUCACUGAGCCUGGCAAAGACUGAUUGGACAGGAAAAUCUAGGGAUUGAUGCACUCUCAGUUUGAACAAAGUCAUGUUACAUGAUUGUAAACUUUGUUUAUAGGGGAAGUUGAGUUUUACCAAGUCCUUACUUUUGGGUGUUCAUACAUCUCCACUAAAGAAACAUUUUCUCCCAUACUGACAUGAAAUAUCUUGCUCAUCAGGCGUUUCUUGACAAUAGCAGAAAAUGCCAAAGGAACUGUUGCAGUUCACUGCAAAGGUAAGGGUUCACAAUUCUCCAAGGGCUGCGGUGGCCAAGUCUAACAUGUUAUGCUUAGUGAGCAAGUCUUCUAUAUGUAAGUUUGUGACUGAAAAUGGUAGAUACUCUAAAUUUGCGGCUCCCUUGCCCACUUUAGUGGGAACUUAACCUUUUUUUUUUAACCAUUUUUAGAUACGAGUGACUGGUAUCUAAUUUCUCCUCACAUUUUUUUACUCUUAAAUCAAACACAAGAGUUAUGAGAAUUAAGGACAUGAUCAUCAACUUAUUAACCUCUUGAUUGUUAAACAACAACAACAACAAAUGGAGAAUAUGCGUACUGAUGUUAAAGUGUUAAGUGUUAAUUGAAUGCCUAUUGGUUUACAUGCGUUUGACUCUCGACUUAACUGCUUUAUUUUCCUGCUUUCAGCUGGUCUUGGUAGAACUGGGACGUUAAUAGCGUGUUACUUGAUCAAGCACUACAGAUUCACUGCUGCAGAAGCUAUUGCCUGGUUAAGGUAAGAAGUGAUAUUACUAUAUCGUUGGCAGUGCCCGUGGGCAAUAUGAAGCGAGACCUGUGUUCUGACUGGCCCAUCUUGCCUGCUCUGAUCCCGACUUCGUCUCGGUCCAUAAAAACGCAAAAAAGAGAACUUGGCCAAUAUCCAGCCAUCUUGACCUCAAGCUUGGUCGAUAACGCAUAUUUUACUGCUCGCAAAAAUCACCAGCAUUUAAAUUCUAUUUUUUUUUUCCUACUCGCAGAAUUUGCCGUCCUGGAUCAGUUAUUGGACCUCAGCAGAACUUUUUGGAAGAGUAAGUGCACCGGUUCAUAUGUUUUCUCCAUUUAUCUACAGAUAUAAAGACUAACUGGUACUCUUAGCUGGGAGGAAAGUCACAAAACCCCAACCAAAUACAUUUGUAGCUUUCCUUAAGCCAAUCGAAAGUGUAAAUCUGGGUCCUUCAUUUUGAAUACUAGUGUUAUAUAAUGAUUUGAAACCUUUGAACUUGUUCUACAAUGUACAUGUAUUUAUUUGUUUUUUUGUAGAAAACAAGCCAGCUUGUGGAUACAAGGGGACAUUUUUAGAACGAGAGAAAAAGAGAAGGCUGAAAAAGGUUUGUUAACAGAUAGUGUUUAUAUUAAUUUUGAUACAAUUCUCUGAAUAAUACCGCAAACUGAUCAAUUGAACAACUUUGUAACUAAGGUUUCUAUCAAUUUUUGUUUUGUAAAAAGCAGUGGAUCGCUGUGGAGUGAGUCGGCUUAUUAGUGGAGUGGACACCAUCAAGAUUGAAGAUUCUGUCAAUACAAGGCCCAGUAAACUGUACAAGGUAACAUCAUUCUCAAGCAACUCAUUGAAGAAGCUUUAACCAAAUGUUUUGAAGUUUCGUUGUGCCUUAGAAAGAUACCAGCAACCUGAUGUAGACCAAGAGAUAACGCAUAAAAUGUCAGUUUUAAAAAGUCUCUAGGGUGGCAGAUUUACAUAAUUCGACUCAGUUAAAAAAAAAAAACCAAGCUACCUUAUGAAAUACGAGUUCGAAACAAGUCUUUAACCUUUUAACCACUAAGAGUGACUGGUCUCUAAUUUCUCUUUACCAUAUCACCCCUGAAUCAAACAUUGGAGCUGAUCACGGACUAAAGAUCACGGACUAAAGCAACUCUUGAUUGUUGGACAAAUUCUCCAUGUCGGUGUCAUAGGAAAUGUUAAGAGAACAGUGUGGAGAAUAUGCAUACCGAUGUUAGGGUGUAGAGGGUUAAAACUUAACGAUAGCCUCUUUUACACUUGAAAGUCUCUUAUUUUACUCUAUUUUUUUUCCCAAGGAUCUUACGCCCAUGUUACGUGCUACACCCACUUCAGGCGCGUCUUUGCUCAGUGAACGUAGCAGCAUCCUUGCCUCCAAAGAGAUAACGGUCAGUAAAGAUUCUAAUGACAAUGAGGAACCAACACAAGGAGAUGAACUGAGGCGAUUGAAGACCAGCCGUUCAUUGCGUCAUCCGCGAUCGGCAACAACGGGUGCUUUAAAGUAAGCUUAGUUUAUCACAUUUGUUUGUAAAACAGGACUUAUGAAAUAAGCGCUUUGUAGUUUUGAUGAAAUACAUUACAGACAUUCGGCAUCCAUCUUUAGGUGGAACCACUUUGUAUAGCGUAAUAAGUGGUACAAAAUGGAAGUAAAUGCUCAGUAGCCUUGAUCUAAAUACUCACACCCAGGGAUUUCAUCCACAGACUCAGAAGUUAGAACCACCUUGUACAGCAUGAUAAAGAUUACCACGUGAAAGAACUGCCUAGGAGCUUUCAUGCGAAUUGUUGCAUAAACUGAAAAGUCAGAUUCGCGUUGUGAGGCCUCAUCAAUAACAAAUAGAACCUUGUCAUCGUAUGAAUUAAAAUUUAUUUUAGAGUUUUCCUUUUGUCUCUCAGACUGGAGGAUGGUAGAUUAGGUCACACUCGCUCCACGACUGGACAAUCGUUGAAGUAAGUGUAACGUAGUUAAGUAAAACAUACGACAAUCUUUCACUUAGAUAUCGGAUAGAAAAAUUCUGUUUUACUCACUCUGUGUGCUCAAUUGUAAAAAUAUAUUAGCUAGGUAAAUGCUAAAGAGGCAAUAACAAACCAACAAGGAAAAGGAUGAAGAAAAUUUACUCGCAUUGAAAAUAACCACAAAAAUAUCACUUUGCUAAGAUAGAAAAAUACAAAAGGAGAAAGAAGGAUGGUUUGAGAUGGAGAAGAUUAUAACGAAUUGGAAGUGACAAAGCUUGACAUAUUAGACACGUCACGUAGCGUCUAGAAGGCUUUUGAAAUUUUACAGUAAACUUUUACGAAGGAAGAAAUAAAAAAGUUAAAAGCUCUGAAAAAGAAAGGAUUUGUUAUUAUUAAGAACACUUGCAGUGAUCAGCAGGAUUGUAAUGUUUCUUAAACAUUUUUACAGGCUUGCGAACGCGUCGACAAUGCAGUCAGUAAUGUCACCGCUGAAAACAUCCAAAGUUUCUGCUCUACCGAGAAGAACAACAAGGACCUCGUCCCACAUGUUACGAAGGUAAUGACAGACAAAUUAAUAUUUUACUCCAGAAUGGGUGAAGCGUUGAUCAAGUAUUUACUGUGUUGGACUUAAGGUUGAUAGCUCAGGAUUCAAUUGGUGUCCAGGUCACUGUGUUUUGUUCUUGUGUAAGACGCUUUACGCUCGCAGUGCCUCUGUCCACCCAGGAUUAUUUAUAUGUACCAGUAAAAUGUCAGAGAAAGAUGAUUUAAUACUGAGGCGAGAGAGAGAGGGUUGGGGAGGGGGGUAACCAGCUGGAGAUGUAAUACAUCUAGGUUUCGUCAUAGUGUAUACCUUACCAGACGAACACCUCGUCAUUGUGGCAGCCAAAAGGAUUUCCUUCUCUAUAAUGCGCUGUUUUCGGUUUUUACCAACAAAACCCAGACUAACUGCUAGAAAUACUUAUUCUACAAAUUGGCCAGUUUUCUUCAAGCUCAAAUCUGACCACUCGAUUAAAAAAAAAGGAAGUAAGUAAAUAUUACUCAACUAUAUCAUACGUUCUUUCUAAUUGAAGCAUUUUUUAACAUUUUUAUUAAUUCAUUUUUCAGUCGUAUGACAUCAUCACGUGUGAGCAGUAGAGCACUGAACUUGGCAGCCCUUGCCAAAACAUAACCAACUACUAAAUACUCAGCGGGUCCUUUUAAUGUUAGCUUACUGAACUGAUUCAAGUAACGAUGAAAUACUGCUGAGCAUCGGCUUCAACAGACGACGAGUUCAGUCUGUUGUGAAAAACCCUUCCCGGUUGUUGAAGGCAGAUCAGUGUGGCUAGUUCAGUAGAGGUAUCAGUAAGUAUUUUGUGGAAUAGUAUGCCAAUUAAGAAGGAUGCCCCCAUCAAGAGUUAUAGAAAGUGUAAUUAGGUUAUUGUGGGAUAUGGAGCGAUUGUAGAGCGAGUGAUUUGGUUUUACAUUUUGAUUUGAAUAGUCGCAGGUUUUGAGUGAUGGUCAUGCUGUAAAAUGGGAACUUUUUUUACUGUCUUUGUACAGAUAAACAACUUGUCACGAAUGCUAAUUUAUUAUUAAGACAUAUUUCAGUAUGAUUAAGUUUUUAAGAAAGUAAGAGUAUCGAGUGAUCACUGAAAUAUAUAAAGUUCUUCGUAUAUAUAUUUUUUUUGCGUUGUUGUACAACGCUGUGAUGGUCACACAACGCGGUGAAGUUCACGCACUCUGUCUGUCACGCAGAGAGUGUAACGCGAGCUCAGUAGCUUUCAAGAAGUCUACCUGAAGGCUUCUGCUGUUUCCUUUGCUUUACUGGUAAAACUCAGGAAAUAGUGGUGUCGUGGGAAGUUAGUUUUAGAUUGAAGUGAUUUUAUAGAAUAUUGAUGCAUUGGAUAUGGUCCUUCAUGUGUCCUGAAACAAGAGUGAUGUGGUAGGAUUAUAAGGGCAUAAUUCAUGAUGCCCUGAUUCGGCUCUUUGACAACGGUAAAACGAACGUUAGUUGUGAGGAAACCAUAACAUAUUGAUUUGGUUAAAUAGACAAACAGCAAUGUGGUAUUCAUAAACCAUGAGCAAGGAUGACCUAGCAUGGAGAAGAUUCGAACGGAUUUUAAAUGAAGAACUUGUAAACUUUUCUCCAAUGUUUUUCAAGUUGCAUAAACUUUGACGUACAGUAUCCCCCUUCAUCUGAGAUAUAAUCUCAGUAGUACACUGAAUGCGUUUAAAUUUCGUUCAUACUACGUCAAAAUUGUAAGUUGUACGUUUACAGAUGAUGGUAGCGAUGGAGUAUUUUUCCUGUGGUUUAAAGAGUUUUUUCCAGAGCUGAAAGUGUUGAAAUCCUCUUAAAGUGUGUACCAAUAGAAGAAAAAAAAAGUAAUUGUAAAUUUUGCAAGAGAAAUUAUUUCAAACUCUGAUUUGAAAAUUCGAAGGGAACUUUGUGGUUGUAUGUACAAAUUACUGUCGCUGUAAUCUGGUACGUUUGUAUUAUACAUUAUUUUUGUAUGGACCAUUUCCAAUAAGAAAUGCAAUUUUAGGGGAUUGUUUAAGAGGAAGUUAAGGUAUUUAGCUACAGUUUGCAGAUUUGAUACACUUAACCGUGCGUGAUUUUAACCGUACAUGUUUAAUGCUCUCAAUCGCGAUUUAGAAUAUUUGAAUAUGACAAAUACUUACCAAAAACUCUAUUAACUAUUUUAGUUUUUAUCAAUUUUUGUUGUCAUGCUGUUUAUAGGAUCAUAUACGCAUUAUAUUGUUGAGACUAUAUAGUUUGCUAUGGCAAAAUCUCGAAACUCGUUCUGUCGUCAAUUAAUUUACUUUCUUUUGCAAGAAUGCAAGGCAUUCCUAGUUUUAAAAAAACGUUGGGUUCUAUAUAUUGUGACUACCUCAUAAUUUUCCCAAAACUGUGUGAGGAAAUUAUACUAACUUUAUUUUAAGCUUUCUUACUCUUUUAUUAUUGAGAGUAACGUGUUUAUAUGUAUUAAAAG